AUCUGUUGUAUAAAAUUUUAACGGGCGAUAUUAAGAAAGCGUAUUGCCAUUAUCGACAUAUUGCGACUGAAUUAUUUUAAAAGUAUAUAAAUCUUAUCGUUAUAAUGCCGAAGGUGAAGAGAUCACGAAAACCCCCACCCGAAGGCUGGGAAUUAAUUGAACCUACACUCGAUGAAUUGGAACAAAAAAUGAGAGAAGCUGAAACUGAUCCUCAUGAUGGCAAAAGAAAAGUAGAAGCUCUCUGGCCAAUUUUUAAAAUUCACCACCAGAAAUCUCGAUAUCUAUAUGACCUAUUUUAUAAAAGAAAAGCUAUUAGUCGAGAACUGUAUGAAUACUGCUUGAGAGAAGGAAUUGCUGACCAAAACCUUAUAGCAAAAUGGAAAAAACAGGGUUAUGAAAAUCUAUGCUGUCUUAGAUGCAUUCAAACCAGAGAUACAAAUUUUGGGACAAAUUGCAUUUGUAGAGUUCCUAAGAACAAAUUAGAAGAGGGGAAAAUAGUCGAGUGCGUACACUGUGGGUGUCGUGGAUGUUCUGGCUAA